CGGUGCAUGACUAAAGCAAGAAGGCUUGGUGUUCCUACCCCAGUACUUUAUGUUGUGGAUCCAGUUCUGCAUACUUUGACCUUUGAGCAUGUGGAUGGCUUGUUUGUCAAGGAUGCACUUCUUAGGUUUGGUUCAAAUGGGGUCAAUGAGGAAUGUUUGAAUGAUAUUGCCACACAAAUAGGAAAUGCCAUUGGCAAACUACAUGAUGGAGGCCUUGUUCAUGGUGAUUUGACCACGUCAAACAUGAUGAUUAAGAACAGUAACAAUCAAUUGGUUCUUAUUGAUUUUGGUCUGAGUUUCACAUCGACAAUUCCUAAGGACAAAGCGGUGGACCUAUAUGUGCUAGAGAGAGCUUUGAUUUCCAUGCAAUCGUCCUGUGGGGAAGUGAUGGAGAAAAUCCUUGCGGCAUACAGAAAGGCUUCGAAGCAAUGGUGCUCUACCCGGAACAAGCUGGCUCAAGUGAGGCAACGGGGUAGGAAGCGCACCAUGGUCGGAUGA